UCGUAUCGUACGCGUGCAUGAAAGCGAUGAUGUUUUAAUAACGAUGUACUCACAACGGUGCUAACCUGUGUUUUAGAUCAACAUGCCCCCGAGACGUAGACGUGGUCCGCGUGUGGAGAACAAUGUGGGGGAGCAGACGGAAGGAAGUGUCGGCAAUCCACCCCCGCCUCCACCACCACCUCUACCCCAACCAAACGAAAGGGAGUACAUCAAAGCCUUUCGGAAAGAGAACCCACCUAAGUUUGAUGGAUUGGGAGAGCCCCCGAAGGCGGAGGCAUGGGUGCGCGAUAUUGAGCGUAUCUUUGAGUUCAUGGGAUGCACGGACAGAGAACGCCUGGCCUGCGUGACUUAUCAGCUGACAGGACCCGCUGACUUUUGGUGGGAAACAAAGAAGAGAACCAUGGACCCCGCUCGCCGUGAGGCGCUUACUUGGGAGGAUUUUAAGGAAGAGGUGUACAACAAGUAUGUUCCGGAAAGUUAUCGGCGGGCGAAGGUAGUGGAGUUCCACACGUUGAAGCAAGGAAGUAUGACGGUCACAGAGUACGACCGCGCCCUAUGUGAGAUGACUCGCUAUGCGCCAGAAUUGGUGGAUACAGACGAGAAGAUGGCCGCGAAGUUCCGUUCUGGCCUUAGGACAGAGAUAAGGGUCGCAGUGGCUAGUCGGAGGGGAAUUCCUUAUUCCGAGGUGCUGGGCUGUGCCUUAGAUGUGGAGGAAGCACUGCCCAAGAAUGAGAGGACAACAAACCCUACCCCAUCUGCACCCCAAGCGAACUUUAGAGAAAAGAGGAAAUGGGAGGGAAACCGAGUUUCUUUUGACAACAAGAGGCGUUUCUCCACUUUUCGGCAACCACAGAAUCAUGGGCGCCAAAUUGUGCCACAACAGAGGGGAAACCCACAGAGAACACCCUACUGUAAUCGGUGCUCCAAGCAUCAUGUUGGGGAGUGCCGAGUUGGAGGCAUUCGGUGUUAUGCCUGCGGUGGAAACGGGCACAUGUCUCGAGAAUGCCCAAACAAUAACAAAAGUGGAGUGAAGAAUGGGCAAGGACAGAGACCACCACAGCAGCCUCAACCAAUCCGACAAGUGGCCCCACAGCAAGCAAGGGCAUAUGCACUCAAGGGGAAUCAAGGGAAGGAACCCCAAGCCAUCAAGGACAAGGAAAAUUUGGCAGGUUGAGCGGGAUGUUGCGGUGGAUGUUGAGCUGGCUAGAGAACUUAGGAUACGUUGU